UAAUACCUGGCAUUAUUAUGCAUACAAUGAUAUAAUAAUAGUGUAAUCAGGGACAGAAACAUGUCCAAUGGCAUGCCUUGUCUAGUAAUGUUACCGAUAUUCAUUAAUCUCCCAAUCCUGCACUAAUGCAUACUUUGGUACUAAUACGAGUGGCCAAUGGAACAAAUCAAUAUGGUCACAUCUAUAUUGUCAAGUAUUAACCCAUGAUUAUACUUGUAAACUUACCUAUAAAAGCAUUUAGCACCAGCCAGUACAUGAGGAUGUAAAAUCCACGUACUGCCUCCUUUUCAUUGUAAAAUUUCACCAGCAGAACAUCGAACAUUUAAAGUUCACACCCCAAGCCUUGCAGAAAUGAGUAUUGUAAUCACAUGAAGAUAGACACGAAAAGCUGGAGUAACUCAGCGGGUCACUCAGCAUCUCUGGAGAAAAGCAAUGGGUAAUGUUUUGGGUUGAGACCCUUCUCCAGACUGAGUCAGAGGAAAUUGAUACAUGGGAUAUGAACGGCAAUAGAGAGAGAUACGGAACAAAUGAAUGGAAGAUAUGCAAAAAUGUAACGAUGAUCAAGAAAAUGGUCUAUUGGCUGAGGCCUAGGUGAAAACAAGUAAGUUAUACAGACAAUGAAACUCACCAGAACGACAGUGAAACUAGUGUGACAACUCGGGUGGGGGAGGGAUGGAGAGAGAGGAGAUACAGGGAUUACUUGAAGUUAGAGAAAUCAGUUUCAUUCCACCGGUUUGUAAACGGGAUGAGGGAAGACUCAUGGGUCAUUUCCAUUUUCCCUCCACUGGUGCUGAAUAUUUCCAGCAUUUUCAGUCUUGACAGCAAUACUAUUAAUCAUAUGUUAUUAACCAAAAGCUUGAGUGUGUAGCAUGGAAUGAUAGACACAAAAAGCUGCUGUAACUCAGCGGGUCAGUGAGCAUCUCCAGAGAAAAAGAAAAGGUGAUACUUUGAGUCGAGAUCCUUCUUCAGAGUGCGAGUCAGGGGAAAGAAAAACGAGAGAUAUAGAUGGUGAUGUAGAGAGAUAUAAAGGUCAAAGGUCAUUGUCAUGUGCACCAAUUAAGGUACAGUAAAAUCCGAUUACCAUAUAUGACAAAUAAAUGAAAGAUAUGCAAAAAAGUAACGAUGAUUAAAGGAAACAGGGAUUGCUAGCUUUGAGGUGAGACUUUGAAGCUGGUAUGACUGAGGUGGGGGAGGGAUGGAGAGAGUGAAGUUAGAAAAGUCAAUAUUCAUACCACUGGGUUGUAAACUGCCCAAGCGAUAUAUGCAGUGCUGUUCAUUCAAUUUGUGUUUGGCCUCACUCUGACAAUGGAGGAGGCCUUAGGACAGAGAGAGGUCAGUGUGGAAAUUGGAAGGGGAAUUAAAGUUUGUGACAACCGGGAGAUCGAGUAGGUCCAGGCGCACUGAAUGAAGGUGUUCAGCAAAACGAUCACCCAGCCUACAUUUGGUCUCGCCGAUAGAAUAUAAGAGUCCACACUUUGAACAAUGGAUACAGUUAGAUGGGGUUGGAGGAGGGUUUCCUCUGUGUAACUUCAGACACUCCUGCCACUGGGCUAUGUAGCCCUUGGCAUCAGUAACUGGACUGAUGUGAGUAUCCAGCCAACCAUGUGCAGUGGCACCAUGGGGGAGAGGGUUGAGUGUAGCUAAGAGCAUGGCUGUAUUGAUCCAAACCCCGCUGUGCACUGAAUUCUUGUAUGUUUUUUGUCAUACAGGCCGACAGGUUGGGAUCGAUGUGUUGCAAAAGACGUUGCGAGAGAUGCAGAUUCCAAAUUUGAGUGGUAAAGUGAACGUAAAGAUUAUCGGCGACAUACAGUACUCUGUCAAAUCGUGCAUUCUCUUUAAAACUACUUCUCCCUCUAUCCUGUCCGUCUCUAACUAUGAUGAGAAUAUAAAGUUAACCCAUUGCACCAAUCUUGUCUGCAGGAUAAGCAUUUACAAGUUGGGUUUACCAAAGUCUACUGUGAAAUUCCUUGCUGGCCAGGGCAUUCAGGCCUCCAUCACAGAUGGUUUCAUUGGUGUGAAGGGUGAAUUUAAAGUUCAAAAGCACUGUUUAUUAUCUGAUGAUUUAUGGCAUCUCCUCAUAUCUCCUCACAGUCGGACGAGUGGAUCAUUUGACGUGUCUGUGAGUCGUCUGUCAAUAUCACAGACGAUAGGAAUGACCCGUGACAGCACUGGCCGCCCAGCUCUCCAAAGCCGUGCCUGCUCAGCCAAUAUUGGGAAAGUACGGGUCAGGUUCACCAAAAGAAAACGAUGUUUGUAUAAUCUGUUCCGCAAAUUCCUCGAGAAACCCAUUCGGAAAGCCCUUACCAAACAGAUUUGUCCUCAAAUCUCCAGUGCACUCCGUGGGUUGGAAAAGAAUCUAAAGACCAUGAAAAUAAGGUUCAAAAUUAACCCAUUUGCUGAGGUUGACUAUUCACUGGUUAAUCAAAUUGAAAUUUCAAAUAACGCCAUGGACCUGGAUUUUAAGGGUCAAUUCUACAGAGUGGGAAAAAAUAAAAAUCCUCCCUUCAAGCCACCUCCAAUCAGCCUUCCCAGUCAGUCCAGUCGCAUGUUGUACUUGGGAAUAUCUGAUUUCCUUGCUAACUCAGCAGGAUUUGUGUAUUAUGAAGCUGGGAUCUUACAAAUGAAAAUCACUGAUAAAAUGAUUCCGACUACAUCGCCUAUCAGAUUAAACACAAAGUCCUUCAGUGUAAUCGUACCUCGGCUGGCAAAGCUCUAUCCUAACAUGCCAAUAGAAUUGCGCCUGCGAGCCACUCGAUCGCCAGUUCUGCAGGCUGCAAAAAAUCUCAUCGAUGUUCAAGCAUUUGGAGCACUUGAAGUGUGCGCAGUCCAGCCAGAUUCAACCCUCGCAUCACUUUUUGUCCUGAACAUUCAAGCGAGUGUCUCUGCUCAUGUGCAUAUCGCUCAGAUGAAACUGAUUGGAUCCCUAGAACUGAAUAGUCUGAAAUUGACUCUUGAUCGUACUAAUAUUGGCCCUGUUCCGGUGGCUAGUCUGCAAAUGGCAAUGAACGUUGCAAUAAACAAUGUGGUGUUACCAGGCGUCAAUGUGAAACUGGCCAAAGGUGUUCCACUUCCACUUCCAAAUGUGAAACACUUAGAUUUGAUAGACCCCAGUCUUGAUGUGAACAAGAAUAUUCUUGUGAUUGCAACUGAUGUUCGAUAUCGUCCAUAACCAGCGGACACUCUCAGCCGAGACUUUGAUGGGAAAGAAAACCGGGCAUACAGAUGACUUUGAUUACCUAAAAUGAUCUGGCCAUUUAUUAAGAUGAGAUUGUGUAUAAGGCCGCUGUUUCAAUUUUCAGCAUUUUUUCAAAUAUAAAUUUCUAGCUUGAUGGCUUCUAAUCUGGUAUAUUGCAAAAAAUAACUAUUGGUAAAUUCUAUAUGCUGAAGCUUUUUUGCUUAUUUCCAAAUGCAAAAAGAGAUUAAAUCUCUGAAAUCUUCCUGCAAACAUAAAGCAAUGAUCAGCAAACUAAGAGGAACCAACCUUUCCUCGAACACGUGAUAGCAAACGUUAUGCUUUACUGCUUUUCAUCAGUACCUUUUUUUGAAAAGGGAUUUGUGAGAAACAUUUUGGUAUUUUGUAACAGUUUUCAUUUAAGCUUGCCAAAUUGCUAAUAAAGCGCAAAUUCUUCACU